GCAGUUCGCGGGUAGAAAGGUGCUGGUGUGGAGACCGCUUCCGGACUCCAGCAUUGCGGCCUCACCAAUGGACCUGAUUGGUUUUGGUUAUGCAGCCCUUGUGACGUUUGGAAGCAUUUUAGGAUAUAAGCGGAGAGGUGGUGUUCCAUCUUUGAUUGCUGGUCUUUUUGUUGGAUUUUUGGCGGCCUAUGGAGCUUACCGUGUCUCCAUGGACAAACGAGAUGUUAAAAUAUCACUAUUUACAGAUUUCUUCCUGGCCACAAUAAUGGGUGUGAGAUUUAAGCGUUCUAAGAAAAUAAUGCCUGCUGGGCUGGUUGCAGGUUUAAGCCUCAUGAUGAUCCUGAGACUUGUCCUACUGUUGCUGUGAGCAUCCAGAAGAACCGAAAACUAAAUUCCUGUCAUUCUACUGUAAUGGGCAGAGUAUUCUUUGUACUUAAAAGAUAAAUUUCAAUAUAGAAUGUCAAGUCUCUUAUUUUAUGUCAGAAGCAAAAGUUAUACUGUCUCCUCUAAGAUGAAUAAAAGUUUAAGGUAGUUUUUUUUUUUAACAGCAAAAAUUUAAA